CUGAGAGUGUUUGCGACGGCUUCCUAGCUUUACGUAGCUUUACGACGACAACUAUGGCGGCUGCCAGUGGUAGAUUUGAAAGUGCGAAGAGCAUCGAAGAGCGGAAAGAACGGACCCGGAUUGCCAGAGCCGAGGUGUUGCGACAGGCUAAAGCCAAUUAUGAAAGGGAAGAAAGGCGUAAAGAACUUAAACGACUUCGGGGUGAGGAUACGUGGAUGCUCCCUGAUGUGAAUGAGCGAGUUGAACAAAUCUCACAGGAACAUUCUGUGAAGAAAAAGAAGAAAAAAGACAAGCAUUCAAAAAAAGUAAAGAAAGAGAAGAAAAAAAAGAGCAAGAAACAAAAGUAUGAAAAAAACAAUGAGUCAACUGACAGUUCAUCAAGCUCUGAGGAUGAGUGGGUUGAGGCUGUUCCCUCCCAAACUUCUGGCAAGGAAAAGGCCUGGAAAGUGAAAGAUGAAAAGUUAGAAAACGAAGACAAUCAAUUUAUUCAGAGGGAUGAAUGGAUGACUGUUGAUUUUAUGUCUGUUAAAACUGUGUCAUCAUCAUCACUCAAAGCUGAAAAGGAAACUCUAAGGAAAAUAGAGCAAGAGAAAACCCAAGCCCUUGAACAGUCCAGGCUGCUGGAAAGAGAAUUGAACCCAUACUGGAAGGAUGGUGGGACAGGUCUCCCCCCAGAAGACUGCAGUGUGCCAUCAGUUACUAAAGUAGUAGAAGAUGGUGGUUUAAGCUGGCUAAGGAAGUCUUACCAAAGAAUGAAGGAACAAGCUGAGAAACAAAAUAGAAAUUUUGAAGAUGUUGUAGCUGAAAGAUAUGGGUCAGUGGAAGCAUUUCAGUUGAAAUUAAAAGAAGCUGAAAAAACUGCAUUUACGAAAGAAGAUUGUAGACGAGAACGGUGGAGGAAACCAACGUGCUCAGAAAGAACACAAAGCAGUCAAGAAAGUAGAAAAUCAUACUUGGUAAAAUAUAAUAAAAGUUCACGAGAUAGAUACAGUGUAACAGAUACUGCAAAUAAUGUCAAUAAAGAUAGGUUUAGUGAUGUUGAAAAAGAUAAUAGGUCUGGGUUUUUAGAAACAUGUAGAAAAGAAUCCAAUCCAAGGCAAAAGCAAGAGUUUUCUUCUCUUGGAAAUUUGAGACCGAAAUUCUUAAGACCCUCUGACGAUGAAGAGCUGUCAUUUCAUAGCAAGAGCAGGAACUUUGAACCGUCUAGUUCAUCUUCAGCCCUGGUUGCUCAGAAUUCUGUGCAUUGUGGUUUUCGAAAACCUACAGAGAGCAGUGAAGAAAGUUUAUCAUCGUGGAGUGGAUCUGAUGGGAGAGAAAGAGACUGGAAACAUCCAAAUCGAAAAGAAUUAGACAUGAGUCGCAAUGUUGAACAUGGACAUGUUUCAGAAGAUGUGAGAGAAGAAUCACAGGAUGAAAGCUUGAGAGAUGACUCCCUGAAAAAAGAACACCUACAGGACACAGAGUCUUCACUUGCUGGAAGUAGUCCGGUGGAUGACUCUAUACACAUCUUGAGCGUUGAUGAGAAGAACAAGUUAGGAGCCAAGAUUAUCAAGGCAGAGAUGAUGGGAAAUAUGGAAUUAGCUGAACAGCUUAAAGCCCAACUUGAUAAGGCAAAUAAAUUCAAAGAAACUGUAACACAGAUAUCAUCAAAAAAAUCUGGGGUAGAGAAUGAAGACAAGCAAGAAGUGGUCCUUGUCAGAACAGAUCAGUCUGGAAGAGUGUGGCCGGUGACUACACCAGGAAAACAUCUGGAAUCCAAAGGAGGAAGAAGGAAGAGACAGAUUGCUUCAACCCACGAGGAAAAAGAAAGGGUCAGAUACUUUCAUGAUGAUGAUAAUCUAAGCCUAAAUGAUUUAGUCAAGAACGAAAAGAUGGGAACAGCAGAAAAUCAAAACAAACUUUUUAUGAGAAUGGCAUCUAAGUUUAUGGGAAAAACAGAUGGUGACUAUUACACUCUGGAUGAUAUGUUUGUCUCCAAAGCAGCUGAGAGAGAGUGUUUUGGUGAAGGGGAAGAGAGUCAGAAGAAGAAAGCUAUUGCAGAGCACCGGAGUCUUGCUGCACAAAUGGAAAAAUGUCUGUAUUGUUUUGACAGCUCUCGGUUUCCCAAGCACCUUAUUGUUGCAAUAGGUGUCAAGGUUUAUUUGUGUUUACCCAACAUUCGGUCGCUCACGGACGGGCAGUGCUUGAUAGUGCCUUUGCAGCACCACAGAGCGGCCACCUCGCUGGACGAGGACAUCUGGGAGGAAAUGCAGAUGUUCAGAAAAUCAUUGGUAAAGAUGUUCGAAGAUAAAGGAUUGGACUGUAUCUUUUUAGAAACAAAUAUGAGCAUGAAGAAGCAGUAUCAUAUGGUUUAUGAAUGCGUUCCUCUCCCAAAGGAAGUGGGUGAUAUGGCUCCCAUCUAUUUUAAGAAAGCCAUAAUGGAAUCUGAUGAAGAGUGGUCUAUGAACAAGAAAUUGAUUGAUCUCUCUUCAAAAGAUAUCAGAAAGUCUGUACCCAGAGGCUUACCUUACUUCUCUGUGAAUUUUGGCCUCCAAGGAGGGUUUGCCCACGUCAUUGAAGAUCAACACAAAUUCCCUCAUUACUUUGGAAAGGAAAUCAUUGGUGGGAUGCUGGAUAUAGAACCAAGACUCUGGAGGAAGGGGAUCCAAGAAAGCUUUGAGGAUCAGAGGAAGAAAGCACUGCAGUUUGCUCAGUGGUGGAAACCAUUUGACUUCACCAGAAGUAAAAACUGUUGAGUCAUACCCUUCAUUUUUUAAUUUCCAUUUCGGGUUCCUUUCAGUUCUAUUUCCAUUGCAUCCAGCUAAACAGCUGACCCUCAGGUUACAGGCAAAGAGAGUCAUGAUCUGGGUUUCUGACAACUGUGUAUCAUUGCACUGUGUCAGUUUCCUGCCCUACCUGCUCCGGUGGACUUCACUGUAGCAACCGUGGAACAAGACCAGAGACGCUGAAUGAGCCGUUCGCGUCCUGUUCUGCCCCUGUGUCUUGGUGUUCUGAACGAUACAGACUUUCCUUUAAGGAUUGUCCAAGAGGUAGAGCAAAUCCUUGCUUUAUAGGGAAGUGGAUCUCAUUCAAGGUUGUAAAGUCUGUUGACUGGUUUCUUUUGCAUUUUUUAAAGUAAGAGUUGGCAUAUUCAGUAAUAAUUAACAUUUCUUUUCAUAGCAUUUUAUAGAAGCUCUUAACUUUCUACCAAUAGCAUAUGUAAUACUGCUAUUCUUUUUAUUAAAGGAAAAAAGAAUGUCCCCAAAGUAAUAAAGAAUUAAAUGAAGCAUAACAUAUUC